AUGUCGUCAGAAGGUCUGCGAAUCGGCUUUGUGCCGGAGCACUUUUCAACGCCCAUCCACUUUGCUCAGAAACACUACGGUCUCGAUGCCACACUGAUACCCUUCCCCUCCGGCACUGGACACAUGAUCACCGCCAUCCGUGCAGGAGAGAUUGACAUCGGCAUCGGCCUGACGGAGGGAUGGAUUGCGGGACUCGGCAAAGAAGGAAUUGAAGGCGACGGAGGAUAUCGUCUUGUUGGCACAUAUGUCGACACUCCGCUUUGCUGGGCCAUCUCGACGGGGGCUGAACGCCCGGAAAUCACAUCCGUGGCGUCUCUAAAAGGCGGCAAAAUCGGCGUGUCCCGCAUCGGCUCUGGGUCCUACGUGAUGGGCUUUGUCCUCGCCGACCAGCAAGGCUGGCUUGCCGACAAGACUCACUUUUCCGACACGGUUGUCCUGCAUAAUUUCGAGAACCUCCGCAACGCAGUCAACUCUGGCGAGGCCGACUUUUUCAUGUGGGAGCAUUUUACGUCCAAGAAGUACUACGACGCUGGUGAGAUUCGCCGCGUUGGUGAAAUCUACACUCCAUGGAGCAGCUGGAAGAUUGUUGCGUCUACCAAGUUGACCAAGAGCGGGGAUGCGCGGGUGAAGACGCUGUUUGAGAAGCUUGACCAGGGCAUCAAGCACUUUAACGAGAAUCAAGACGAGGCAGUCGAGUAUAUUUCUACGGAGCUGGGGUACACGGAGCCGGAUGCAAGGGAGUGGCUAAAGACGGUCAAGUUCCCGGCUCACACGGAGGGCGUGAAGGAUGAGGUUGUGCGAAAUUGUGUGAGUGUGCUUAGAAAGGCUGGUGUUUUGGUGGAAGGCAAGGGCUUGGAUGUUGAUGCCAUGGUUGUAAAGGUGUGA